GUUCAGUGAGCUAAGUAAGGUUAAUGGUCACUCACAAAUAUUUUAAUUUAGAUUUGGAACCAGAUUAGAUAUCGGAAUAGUUAAAUCGACAUAAAAUUAAACUGAAUUGGCGGGCUAAAACGUAUUUCUUAUCUCUAUGUAAAAUUGUAUAAAAUUACAUGUAAAUAAGACUAUAAACUCACGUGACUUUUGGAUUUUGUUUUUCAUAUUUUUUAACCUCAAAUUGAAAAUGGCUACAGCUUCAAAUAUAGAAUGCGGCGACUUCUUAGAAUUCCAGUUAUUUUUUCCAGGAUGCACUACAAAAAAUGCGCAAAGUAGAUGAUAAUAUAAUCUAUUUACUUAAUACAACAAUACCUACUGAAUCUUUCAAAGGUCAAAUUGAUGCAAAAGCAAAAUGUGAAGAUUUAUUUCAGCAAAUUCAUGCCGGUCAUUCUCAGCGUGAAAUUGCGAUAAAAAAUUGUUUAAAUGCAACUCGUGAAAAAGUUAAACAAUUAAAAAUAGAAAAAAAUAAUAGACCAGACGAUAUUAAAAUAUUCAAAGAUCUAAGCAAAGAACAAACAGUUCUUCGAUUGUUAGAAUCGGAACUUGGCGUUGAAGAAGUAGUAAAAAAUAGAACAAAUAAAAUUUAUUUAGCCAAGUGCCGUCAGUUUUAUAAACCAAAUAACUUAAAAUAACUAAAAAAAAACAUCAUUUAAUAAUAUUGUUUUGAAAGUAGUUUCUUCUUUUUUGUAUUAUAUUACAGAUAAAGUAUAAACAUAUUUGAUUUUUACAAUUUUAUACAAAAU